AUGUCUGAAAUACAGCUCCAGAUACUCCAGAGGGUCGAUGCCACCGGCGGGGUUAAGUCCACGCUUGAGGACGACGUGCUCGCCAAGUAUGACCCCAAUACGCUCCAUUCCAACCUUACUUCUUUGUGGGCGAAGGAAAUGAUAUCGUUUGAUAAAAUCGAAACCGACAAGUGGAUUUUGACAAAAGAGGCCGAGGAGUUUUUGACGGCUGGAUCUCACGAAUUUCGCGUUCUCAAUGAGGUUAUGAAGUCAUUGGACGGAUUGAAGAUUGCUGACGUCAAUUCUACCUUGGGUAAUGCUGGUAAGUUGGGACAGGGAAAAGCAUUCAAGAAUGGCUGGAUUGCCAAAGAUGGUGAUAAACUUGUUGCCAAGGUGGAUUCUUUGCCUGAAGAUGUCACUGUGACCCAGUUGAAGACAAUUCAGUCGAGUGGUUCGUUAUCGGAUAAGAAAGAACUUCAGGAAUUGAAGAAGAGAAAGUUAAUUUCGUUGACUAAGAUUGUUGGAUACAAGAUAGAAAAGGGCAAGAAUUUCGGAUUGGAAAUCAAGACUUUGGAAACCGACAUUACUUCCGAUAUGAUUGUCAAUGGUAGCUGGAAGAAUGCCGAAUUCAAACCGUACAACUUCAAUUCCGAAGGUGCAUUCCCUCAUUCUGGUGCUUUGCAUCCUUUGAACAAGGUUCGUGAAGAAUUCAGACAAAUUUUUUUCUCUUUGGGAUUCACUGAAAUGCCCUCGAACCAAUACGUAGAGUCUGGUUUCUGGAACUUUGACACCUUAUUUGUUCCCCAACAACAUCCUGCUCGUGAUCUUCAAGACACUUUCUACUUGAAAGACCCCAAAGUUGCCAAAGAACCUACCGACCGUGAGUACUGGGAAAAUAUUAAGCAGGUUCACCAGGACGGAAAAUACGGUUCCAUUGGAUACAGAUACCCAUGGAAAGCCGAAGAGUCGUUGCGUAUGGUUUUGAGAACUCAUACCACCGCCAUCUCUUCUGCCAUGUUGCAUCAGUUGGCGAAAGAUCCAAAGCCCACCAGAUUGUUCUCGAUAGACAGAGUGUUCCGUAAUGAAGCUGUGGAUGCUACCCAUUUGGCUGAGUUCCAUCAAGUGGAGGGAGUUAUAGCUGGGUACGAUAUCACGUUGGGAGACUUGAUUGGAUUCAUGGAUGACUUUUUCGGCAAGAUGGGUGUUAACCAAUUGAGAUUCAAGGCCGCCUACAAUCCAUACACAGAACCUUCAUUGGAAAUUUUCGCCUAUCAUAAAGGAUUGGGCAAGUGGGUUGAAAUUGGAAACUCGGGUAUGUUCAGACCAGAAAUGCUCGAAGCCAUGGGAUUGCCCAAGAACAUGCGGGUGCUAGGCUGGGGAUUGUCAUUAGAGAGACCAACCAUGAUCAAGUAUGGCGUUUCCAAUAUUAGAGAAUUGUUGGGACACAAGGUGUCGUUGGACUUUAUAGAGACAAACCCGGCUGCUAGAUUAGACGAGGCUUUGGUGUAA